UGUUUGUUUACCAAAAUGUGUUUCAGGACAAACGUGUUUUGGUUGCGAAAAAUCGCUUUUACCGAAAAUGUGCGCUACUACGCGGGUAUUUAUCAGAAGAAUCCACAGCUGAAGCCUGCAACAGCAACAAUUGAAACGAUCAAAGCGAAACUUACCGCAAACGAUACACCAUCGACGGAAGAAUGGAAAAACAUUCGCUUGAACAUACUGAAUGAGCGCAGGUUCAACAGUACAAAUGUUGAUAGCGUGGUGCUAGGACUUUGUCCUAAUUUGAGAAUUGGAAAAUCUUAUGUUAGCUUCUUGCAACAGCAAGGACUUGAAACUAACCUAGCGAUUGUUGGGAAGUUGUUGCGACUGUACCGAUUGAAAGAGGAUGCAAUAAGCGAAGCAGAUGAAGCCGAAAUUUGGCGGAUGUACACGGAAUUGCGUGAACAGAACGCUGUCCUUGAUGCGAAUACGUGCGAGCAUGCGAUCAAUGCACUGUCACUGACUAAACACUGGCGACAUUGCUUAGAGCUGCUGGAAAUGAUCAAAAUCUCCGGUACACCCGAUAGUUCAUCGUACAACUGCAUCGCGACGAAAGCUUUCCAGUCUGGCGACGAAUCGACGGGCUGGUUAAUGAUGCAGGAAAUGUGUGAGAACAAGCGCAUUCCAAAUGAUGACAGCUUUCUCGCGUGGAUAAAUUACAGCCGUUAUCAGCAGGGUCAAAGCUUUCCCGCUAAUCUGGAACGGAUGCUUCAGUUUACCAUGGAUUACACGGUAUUCCUUUCAAAACACGUCGGGAAAGAGUUGUUGCAGCUACCACAAGACAUCGGAGUUAGUGUGCAUGAGACGCGCAUCACUGACGGUGGUAAAUGUUCUCACUGUAAGGGAAAGCUUUCUAGCAUAGUUGUAUCGAACGAGUUGUUCCAGAGGAUGAGGGAUAGGUUCCUCGAGGCGGUGCUCAUCAGUAAGGAGAUUUUUAAUCGUACCACCCCGGACGAGCUGGCCCGUUUUCAAGUGUUUUUGAAGAAAACUCUCCCGUACGACGUGGUGAUCGAUGGGCUGAAUGUGGCUUUUUCUUCGGGCAAUCAAAAGAAUCCUACCAUUUACGCGCAACAAGUUGCUGCCGUCGUUCGGCACUAUGUUCGUCAAAGGCAGCGGGUGCUCGUCAUAGGCCGGAAGCAUAUGGACAAGUGGCGAACGAAGGAGAUGAAGUACAUCCGUGAGAACAGUUUUCUAUUUCUUACCGAAGAUUUGUCACAAGACGAUCCAUUUCUGCUGUAUGCUGCGCUGGAAAGUGGCCCAAAGACAGAUUUCUUUUCACGCGAUCUAAUGCGAAAACAUUCGUUCAUGCUUGGUAGCGAGCUGAGCGGCGUAUUUAAACGCUGGCAACAGGAACAUCAGUACUCGCUGCUUUCCAUCAUGCCGGAUGGGCGCGUCAUCAUAAAGGCUCCGUUCAAGUAUGAACUGUACGCGCACAAGUCCUGUGAUAAUCGAUGGCACGUACCACUAGUUGAGUGUGCGUACCGUAUUCCCAAGGUGGAGAAGCAAAACGAAUGGCUUUGCAUGGGCAUAAAAUAAUAUGACCAAGAAUAGGGGUAGAAUAAAGCAGUUGAA